UCUGCUACUUUUGUCUUUUGUGGUUUAACCUAUGAAGCCAUGGACCUUCGCGACAUGUGCUUCUGCAGGUGCCUUUGACAGUUGGCAAUGGCUCAGUUCCGAAGCUCGAAUGGGAACGUUUGCCCAAGUGAGAGAAGCCCCCAGAGAUCGCCGAAAAGAUCGCGAGUUCUUGGAGCGCUCUCUGCGCUCUCUGCGCUCUCUGCGCUCUCUGCGCUCCUCGACUCUGUCGACUCCGAGUUCGAUGACUUCGGCGACUUCGGUGACUUCGGGCUGUCCGAGUUCCGCCUCUCGGCCGAGCUCCUGGACGCGGUGGACCCCGCUGGCCGCUCCGCUGCUUCUGGUCUCGCUCCCGAAGUGCAGACGUGCCAAGCUGAAGGUCUCCACCAGGAGAAUCCCAUGUGCUGCUGAGGAGGAAUCCAAAGAGUCUAUGAGUAUGGACUUUCUGCAAAAGCUCAUUCAAAAGCAGCGAUCGGCCACUGAGCUGGGAAUCUGCACCAGAGAGUGGCAUCCCGAGAUAUUUGAUGAUGUCCCGCAAGGCUAUCGAGAUGCAUUGGAGUCUGGGAUAGAUCUUGUGGACGUGCUGGCGAACAGCAGUGCUUUGCAGCUCCUAGCUGAUGCCACCAAAAGUCAGCCUCGGUUUUGCGUGCGUGUCGCACCGAAACCGACUUUGGGUCUGGGAUACGUCCUCAACAAGAAUCUGGUCAUGCAUUUGACGGUUUUGAGCCCACUUCAGCAAACCAUGAAAAGGCUCAACGUUGGAUACAUCGAGACCUUGACCAUCCACAGCGACGGCCAAGGACGGAUGCACUUUCCCUUCUGGGUUUACGAUGCGGUGGUAGAAGCCUACCAGAAAGGGCUCUGCUCCCGAAUUGGCAUCAGCCACCCCAAUGCAGACGUCAAGGCCGUGAUGCAGGCUAAGCAGGAGCUUGAGAAGCGCGGUGCAACGCUCUCUUGUGUAUUUGUGAAUCUUUCCCUUCUUGAGAGGGAGGCUCUCCAGUUGGUCAAGGAUUGUCGAGCCGAAGGACUGCAGGUUUUUGCGACAAAUGUCUUGGGACCUGAUGAGCUCGCGUCUGGCAGAUAUACUGCUGCCAAUCCAACUGGUGGUGAGAUUUCAGUGCCACGAUUCACUCUAUCUCAACUGAUGCCGCUCCGCCCCCUCCACCAAGCUUUGGAAGAUGUGGUGAAAGGGCUCAGGAUACGAGCUGAGAAGCCUGAAAUCAACACAACGCAGGUUGCGUUGCAAUGGGUCGUGAGCAAGGGGGCCAGCCCUAUGUGCGAUGUCACUACAGAAGCAAAUGCCAAGGCGGUGACUGGCUGCACAGGUGAGGACGGCAACUGGAAACUGACCCCUGAUGAAGAAGCUAUGCUGGAUGCAGCCGCCGACGAAGUUGCAAAGUCUCGUCGAAGGUGGUGAUCAGUGAUGGCCUUCGCUCCGACAAGGAAUCCAUGUGGAGGCCAGUGGAGGCUUCUCAGCAAACGCGUAGUUGCAGCGAAAGAUUUCUUGACAGGGCAGCAAACAAAUUCAUAGGGCUCAUAGGGUCAUGUGUCAUUAUGAAGCUGAGUUGAGUUGUCUGUGACUUCUUUCAUGCAUCUCUGCCAUCUCUGCCAUCUCUGCCAUCUCUGCAUAUCUCUGCACUCCCUUCGGUUGGGACUCCUGUGUUUAAGUGCUGCUCAGAAUGGUUGAAUUGCUUCAGAUGGUGAAUCUGGCGCUGCCAAAGCGCUGUCGCAUGUUGCGAGUAACAAGAGGGCCUUCGCAGCGCCGAAAA